UUAUCUGAAACACUAUCCUUCCAGUCAGUUUAGCUUUCCCGAACAGGCCAUUAUCCGAUCAAGCAUGGACCUAACGCAGGACCAGCCGGAGCCGCCAACCUGGGCGGAGCUGCUGGGCAGCGGCGACUGGGAAGGCCUCCUGGACCCCCUAAACCUGGUCCUCCGCCGCCUCAUUCUCCGGUGCGGUGACUUCUGCCAGGCCACCUACGACGCCUUCAACAACGACCAGAACUCCAGGUUCUGCGGCACCAGCCGCUACGGUAAAAGUUCCUUCUUCCACAAAGUCAUGCUCCCCGCCGCCACUGCCCACUACGACGUCGCCGCCUUCCUCUACGGCACCGCCCGAGUCGGAGUCCCCGAAGCCUUCCUCCUCCGCUCCCUCUCCCGUGACUCCUGGGACCGCGAGACCAACUGGAUCGGCUACGUCGCCGUCAGCUCCGACGCCGCCACCCGCGCCCUCGGCCGCCGCGAGAUCUACGUGGUUUGGCGCGGAACCACCCGAAACUACGAGUGGGUCGACGUUCUACAAGCCAAACUCGGCUCCGCCGAGCCAUUGCUCCGCUCCAAGCCCCUGAAAAUGUACCAGCAAGAGGGCCACGAUGACACUACCAGCAGUAGUAGCAACAGCGAUGGAGACGACGAUCUAGUGCCCAAGAUAAUGAAUGGUUGGCUCACUAUAUACACAUCGAGCAACCCAGAAUCUUCUUUCACGAAAGAAAGCGCAAGAACCCAGCUCCAAAACAAGAUCCGAAAGCUGAUCGAGAAGUACAGAGACGAGAACCCGAGCAUCAUACUAACCGGGCAUAGUCUCGGCGCAAGCCUCUCGAUCGUGGCCGGAUUCGACCUCGCCGAGAACGGGGUUUCAGACAUCCCGAUAACAGCAUUUGUGUUCGGAUGCCCCCAAGUGGGCAAUAAGGCGUUCGACGACAGGCUAAGGCAACAUCGAAACCUGAAAAUCCUGCAUGUCAAGAACACCAUAGAUAUGAUACCGCUGUACCCAAGCAAGCUGAUGGGGUACGUGAAUUCGGGCGUGGAUUUGGUGAUCGACACGAGGAAAUCGCCGAGCCUAAUGGACUCAAAGAACCCCAGCGACUGGCAUAACUUGCAGGCGAUGUUGCACAUCGUGGCAGGGUGGAACGGGGAAGGUGGGGAAUUUGAGAUGAAGGUGAAGAGGAGUCUGGCUUUGGUGAACAAGUCGUGCGAGUUCUUGAAGGAUGAGUGUUUGAUUCCAGGGUCCUGGUGGGUGGAGAAGAACAAGGGUUUGGUGCUUGAUGAAGAUGGCGAGUGGGUUUAUGCUGAACCAGAGGAUGAGGAUCGACCAGUUCCUGAAUAUAUGUAAUUGAUCUAAUAAUCUACAUGUAUGUGUGUGUGAUCAUGGAGACGCCGAACCUAUAUAUUAUUGUCUAUGUAAAUUUACGUUUUUUAUAUGAUUGUCUUUGUGUAAUUAUAUCUUUUUAUUUAUAUUUUUAAUCAAUUUAAUUCAUAUA